AUGAGACACACGUACCUGGCGGCCAUCCUGUCCCACGUUGGUCUGUCCUCUGACUACUGUUCGGAUGUUGUCAUCCAACCUCCUGGAGAAAAGAAUCUGUUGGUGUCGACAGUCCAAGCCACGAUGGCGACGGUAUCGGGGAUCACGGUUGUCCUUAACUGCAAGGAUGUGGUGCACGACAGGCACUGGCUGGCUGUAGAGUACAUCUGGGUCCUCGUUCCCUACAUGACCUACGACAUUUACGUCAUGUACCUCUGCCACUGGCACAAGAGUCUGGAGAGGGGAGUCGCAGAGACGAAGCAUUCGCUGGCCAGCGUGCGGAGCUUCCUCCUGCAGGAGCGGCUGAUGGUGACCCACCACCUCUUCAUCCUCGUUGUGCUCACCCCCGUCACCCAGCACUUCAGGGGAGAGCUGGGGGACUUCUUUGUGGGCUGCAUCUUCAUAGCAGAGCUGAGCACCCCUUUUGUAUCGCUGGGCAAAAUCCUCGUGCAGCUCAAAAUGCAGGACACCCUCCUGCACAAGGUGAACGGGAUCCUCAUCCUGGUGACCUUCUUCCUCUGCCGGAUUCUCCUCUUCCCCUUCAUGUACGCGGCCUACGCCAGGCAGGUGGGAAUCCCCAUUUACAUGGUGCCUUUCCGCAUCCCCCUGCACUGCAACAUCGCCAACGCCUCCCUCAUCGCCCCACAGCUCUACUGGUUCAGGCUCAUCUGCCGCAAAGCUGCCCGACUCUACGGCGGCUCGCCUGCCGACAAGAGCAGAUAACGCCUGGCGGCAGCAGCCCAGCACGGGGGCUGGAAAAGGGUCAGUCCCCCUGCCCCCCCGGCUCCUCCGCCCUCACUGCCAGUGCGGAAGCAGAGCGGCAGCAGCGAUGCCACCGGGCUGGGUUAGCUGGAAGCAGCCUCACCGUUCCCAUCGCCGUGCCCAGCAGUGCCAGCCUUGGGCUAGGAGGGCUUCCUCCCCACGCCGCUCCCGUGCCGUGUGUCCUCCCACCCCUGGGAGCCGGGGCAGGAGCCAGCGAGGAAGAGAUCUGCCCGUAAGCACAACAUUCCUUCUGGGAUCCAGCGCUGCGGCACCCAACUAACGGUUACACGAGAGGGGUUUGUUACAAACGGCCCCCCCGCCCCGCGUCUUUCAGGGCUGACACCAGACACCGGCACCCAGCUUGGCGAGGCAGACGGAACCUGCAGCCCUGAGGCGGCAGCCGAGGCGAUGCUGGAGCGUGCGCAGCCCCCCGCAGCAGCGCUGGGGAUGGGGGCGCCGUGUGCCAGGCCUGCUGCAGCCCCAACGCGCCCCUCCGGCUCUGGUUUACUGCUGAGAGCAGAGGCAGGCCCUGGGGCUGUGGCACAGCUCUGCACAGCCUGUUCCCGACCUUUACCGGCUCCACCUCUACACUACAUCUGCGUUCUGCGUUCAGCCUCUUAACCCGCGCUGCUGCUGGGCUCAGACUCAUUUAAGACUCCACUUAACCCAAAGGUGCUUUUCACUACAACUGCCUGGUGUCUGUGGGUGACAGUCCCUGGGGAGGGUGGCUCUGGUGUCCCCAGCAAGCUGGAUGGGCAAGAAACUUGUGCCAGGAUAGAGGAACGGUGACGCUGUCUGGGCAGAGCACCCGUGGCUGAAGGGCAGGAUGGGGACUGGAGAGUGCUGAGUCCCUGUCUCUGGGCACCACGCAGAGCCCUUUGUUAGCAGGGGAUGCAACUUUCAAACCCCCUCCCCUAACUGCAGCUGCUUUUAUCCACACCACAUCCCCACAGUGGGGAUUGGAAAGCUCAGGUGGCACACUCUGCCCUGCUCCCACUCCGGCCAACACCAGCAGCCCUGGCAGCACCCUGGGUACCGGUACAGCCCCAGCUCCGGUCGUACGGUCCGUCCCUCCUGCCCCAGCCCAGUGCCCUGCCAGGCGAGGUCUGCCAAGGAGGGAACUGGGUCAGUGCAGGAGGAACCACAACCCCAGAGCAGGGCACUGAGCUGUGUCCUUCACCAGUUCAAGCCCCUUUCCACCUUCAGUCACAGCAAAAUGGGUCCAGGUGUCGCGGCCCUCCCUGCACCGUGGGGUUCGUGAGCCUUGUGGGUGUGCACCGGUCAGAGGGCAGCCAGUAGGAGCCAGGGCA